AUGGGCUACUCCACUUUGCUGCUGUGGCUGGUUGGCGGCGCACAACUCCUGCGUACCGCCGGUGGCAGCAAUGUCACGGCUGAGAAAUCAUGCACAUCCCACGCGGGAAACGUCGCGUCGUACAUUCAUCACGGGAUUGAGAUUCCAUCUGCGACCUCAUCAAGCAGUAACUGGACAUUUACGAAUGGCCUGCCUAGGACCAGCCGACCGACGAGCGGUGUGUCGCCCUCUUCCCCGACAUCAGCAUCCAUUCCGACAUCCUCUUGCAUAACGACAAUGUCCUCCAACUCGAGCUCGUAUUCAAACACAACGAAUGGUUCGAAGUCCGCGACCGCGUCCGGAUCAUGCACGGACGAAGGGAUGGGCGAGCCGUUUGUGCUUACUUCUGCGACUCGGGCCGACGAUAUUGGUGGCCUGCCUAGGACCAGCCGACCGACGAGCGCGGUGUCGCCCUCUUCCCCAAUGUCAGCAUCCAUUCCGACACCCUCUUGCAUAACGACAAUGUCCUCCGACCCGAACUCGUAUUCAAACACAACGACGAAUGGUUCGAGGACUGCCGACCUCUUAUCCGUGCCGAAGGGGGGUCAGCCGCUUGAGCUUACUUCUGCGACUCGGGCCGACGAUAUUGGUCCGAAUCCCGCGACCGCGUCCGAUCCAUUAUCGGACAUACCAAUAGGCGUGCCAUUUGCGCUUACUUCUGCGACUAAAGCCGACGAAAUCAAUCCAAUCACAGCGGAGUCUCCAAUAUAUUUGAGGUCAAGCAGUGCCGCUGAUCAGAUCCGGCCGCCGGCGCCAAUUGUGUUGCACCACGGCCAUUCAGCUGAUGCGAUCAGCGGGCCCAGUGCGGUCUUUGCUGCGCCUACCACGUCAGUGGUGCUGGCGUACUCUGGGCAGACAGCGCUGCCGUCGCCGGUUCCUUGGGGUGCACCUCUGCCUGAGGUCACAGGAGCUCCGAACAAUGGGCAGCCGGGCAAUGGGCAGCCGGGCAAUGGCAACCCGAACAACAGCAACCCGAACAACAGCAACCCGAACAACAGCAAUCCGAACAACAGCAACCCGAGCAACGGCAAUCCAAGCAACAGCAACCCAAGCAAUGGGCAGCCGAACAAUGGCAAUCCAAGCAACAGCAACCCGGACAACGGCAAUCCAAGCAACGGCAACCCGAGCAACGGCAACCCGAGCAAUGGCAAUCCAAGCAACGGCAACCCGAGCAAUGGGCAGCCGAACAAUGGCAAUCCGAACAAUGGCAACCCGAGCAAUGGCAACCCGAGCAAUGGCAACCCGAGCAAUGGCAACCCGAGCAAUGGCAACCCGAGCAAUGGGCAGCCGAACAAUGUAAAUCCGAGCAACGGCAAUAUCAUCGCACCUGGCAAUGGCAAUCCUGCUUCUUCUCCAAUCCCACAGAAUUAUCCCGCCACCACAUAUCACGGCACGAUUGUCAUCGGACCAGAUUCCGGAGCGGCUCCUCUACCGAUCACCUGGAUCGUGCCAUCCACCUCUGCAACUUCAUCCGGAACUGCAGCACUUGUCGUCGUAGUCGACGGAAAACUUCUCAUCGCCGGCGGAUCGCCUCAGACCAUCGCCGGCCAGACCGUGAUUGCUACACCGAAUGGCUUAGUGGUAGGGACUGGCGCUUCUCAGGUGACAAUUCCGAUUCCGGUUCCACAGCAAGAAGGACAGCCGGGAGGACAACAAGGAGGACAGCCGGGAGGACAACAAGGAGGACAACAGGGAGGAGGGCAAGGAGGAGGGCAAGGAGGAGGGCAAGGAGGAGGGCAAGGAGGAGGCCAAGGAGGAGGCCAAGGAGCACAACAAGGAGCACAACAAGGAGCACAACAAGGAGGACAGCAAGGAGGACAGGCAGGCGGAACGAAUGACUUUCACAGCAACGGCGUGGUCAUGGUGCUGGAUACUGGAGCCACUUCUUCUUCUUCUGCUGCUGCCGCUGCUACCGGGCCUACAAAUACAAUGCCCAGCUAUGCGUCCGCCAAAGCGUCGUUACCAUCUGGUUCCGGGCCGGUCGAUACUACGUUCAUUUAUGCGACUGCAAAUCCGAGCAGUCCCGGGCCCAAUGAUGCAGGUCCUAGCGGUUCUGGAGGCGUAAAUACCGCACUUCACUCCAGUGAAGUAUAUGGUCAUCACGCUUCGCCUUCAAAUGGUGGCGUCAAUCCAUCAGGAGUGAGGCAAGUCGCUUCAAUCGAGAUUGAUGAUGUCGGUCACGCCUGUGGCUUUGUAUGGCUGUGCGAUGCGAAGCGCCUCAUGGGUCGGCUGUUGAGACUUCAGUCACGUUCGAUCGAGGAACGUCUGUCGUGUAUUCUGUAUCCUGCGUACGCUCAACGUCGACCAUGUUUGGCACAGGCUGACGCGCUUUGUCGACAGAAUUGCAAGCAAUCCUCCUACGAUCUGAACCAUACAUACGUGGUCCGAAGAAAUACUGGCGUACCUUUCUUCCGCGCAUUAUUAAUGCUCAUACAUCCCGUCUGGCGGUGA